GGUUCCGGUGGGUUCUUCCGCUGAGGCGGAGGGAAGUGCUUCCGGGUCACUGCCGGCUGCCGCCUCCCGGCGCGGAGCCAUGUCCACCUUGUUUCCCUCCCUCUUCCCCCGUGUGACUGAAACUCUGUGGUUUAAUCUGGAUCGGCCUUGUGUGGAAGAGACAGAGCUGCAGCAGCAAGAACAGCAGCAUCAAGCCUGGCUCCAGAGCAUCGCAGAGAAAGACAACAACCUGGUACCUAUUGGCAAGCCGGCCUCAGAGCACUAUGAUGAUGAGGAAGAGGAGGAUGAAGAUGAUGAUGAGGAUAGUGAAGAGGACUCAGAGGAUGAUGAGGACAUGCAGGACAUGGACGAGAUGAAUGACUACAAUGAGUCACCUGAUGAUGGAGAGGUCAAUGAGGUGGACACGGAAGGCAACAACCAGGAUCAGGACCAGUGGAUGAUCUAAGUAGACAAGGCAGGGUGGCCUCAGGGAGAUUCCAGGCCAACCCAACCUACCCUGUGACUCCUGCAGAACCAGCUGAUCACCCCAGUGCCUGAAAGUUCACCCUCAGGCACCUACUCAACUGCUGCCAGAACCUGGUCUCCUUGGCCCCUCCCAGGCCAUCAACCUGCCCUUGAAUCCCCAGGACCUGAGUCCACCCCAUUCUUCUGGCCAGUACCUCACCCUUUGAGGUGUAGUCUCUCUCUAACUCUCUUUAAUAAAGACACAGGACUAAUUCCUCCCUC